AUGCAGCCGACGAGCAGUCCUAUUCCUCCCGAGGCAUUUGUCUCGACUGAAACUUUUAUAGUUCACACCUCAAAGUCCGAGUAUUUAGCCAAGAGUCUCCGCGCGGAGUUAGGUAUUCCAAUCAUCCCCAUCAUCCACCGCAAGUUUCAAGAUGGUGAGUCGUAUUACCGUAUUAACAUCCCCGAGCGAACUUCAUUGAUAGGGCGUAAUGUAGUGAUUGUAUCUUCAAUAGUUGAUGACAUGGAGUUAUUAGAAGUUGUUAGAAUAGGUGGGGAACUUGCCGAGUUAGGUACUAAACGACGAGUCUUUGUGAUUCCAUAUUUGAUGUACUCGACUAUGGAAAGAGCUGUUAAACCUGGUGAAGUUGUUACAUGUAAAUCGACGGUAAGGAUGUUAUGUGGUAUUCCCUCUUCUGGACUUGGUAAUCUUUUUAUGUUGAUGGACCUUCACACAAGUGGUAUUAUUCAUUACUUCGAGGGCACCGUACAGGCUAUGGAGUUAUAUGCGGAACCCGUCUUAGAGAAAGCGAUAGCGCAAUAUAUCGAUUUCAAUGAGCCUUGCAUAUUUGGCUCCGCAGAUUUGGGACGACCCCUUUGGGUUGAAACCUUUGCAAAUCGGUUUAAUGUCGGGAUGGCUUUCAUUCGAAAGAGUCGAUCGUUUGAAGAUACACAUGUGAUAGGAGAACCUAUAGGUGACGUUAAAGGAAAGCAUGUGAUCAUUUACGAUGACAUGACAAGAACGGCGGGGACUUUAAUUAAGGCCUGCGACGCUUAUUUGGAUAAUGGUGCUAAAAAAGUGACCGCGGUGUUGACUCAUCUGUGUCUGAUCGAUGAAGAUGUCGUCAACAAAAUCACUCAGUCCCGGAUCGACAAAAUUAUAGCGACAAACUCAAACGUAAAAACACAGAUGCCUUGCGUCCAAAAUUCCGAUAAAUUCAUCAUCUGCGAUAUCGCUCCAAUCUUCGGAUGUCAAAUCACUGCUUGCUUAAACGAUAACUAUUAA